AUGAGCUGCUCGGAGCUAUCCGCACACCAUGUCGCUGUUGUCGUCUCUUCGGCCAUUCUAGUGCUCGGCCUGCUCUUUGGUUUCGCUCUGGACGCUAAUGCGCACAUUCCCGAGCCCUGGAACCGCGUGUCCAGUAUCUUGGGCUGGAUCUACUUUUUCUGCUGGAGCGUGAGCUUCUACCCACAGGUGUUUGUAAACUACCAGAGACAGUCCGUCGUAGGCCUCUCGCUGGACUUUACGGUGCUCAACAUGGUGGGCUUUGCAUGUUACUCCAUCUUCAAUCUCGCGUUUUACUGCAGUAAGAGCGUGCAGCUGCAGUACAUGCAACAGCACGACGGACACCGCAAUGCAGUUGAGCUCAACGACGUCUUCUUCUCGCUCCACGCGGUCGUGCUGACUGCCGUGUCCCUUGUUCAGUGUAUCGUCUACCCACGAGGUGGACAAAAAGUCAGCACACCGACGAUCGUGUGGACCGGAGGGGCACUUGGAGCCGCCGCGGUUUUCGCUCUCGCAGUCGCCGUCACCGUCACCGGCAACAAUGACGACUCGGUGAUCAAUGUCAUGAAUCUACUCUACUUUCUGAGCUAUAUCAAGCUCAUGACAACGAUGUUCAAGUGCCUGCCACAAGUUGCACUCAACUACCAGCGCAAGUCGACGGUUGGAUGGACUAUCUGGAACGUGCUGUUAGAUGUGGCAGGGGGCCUGUUCUCCAUGGGCCAACUAGUGCUCGACGUGGUGGCGACGGAGGACUGGACGGCGAUAACAGGCAAUCCUGUUAAAUUUGCACUGGGCUUUGUGAGCAUUCUCAUCGAUACGGUGUUUCUUUUGCAACACUAUGUGUUGUACCCGGAGAAUCAAUACCGUUUGCAGCCCGGUGAAGAAGCUAAACCGCUUUCGCCAACGAAAAAAGAAGAAGACGUGGUAGUGACGAUGAGUAGCAAGUGA